CCUCUCUCUCCCUCUCUCCCUCUCCCCCUUCUCUCUCUCUCACACAUACACACGCGCGCACACAACACACGCACACAACACUCACGCACACGCACGGAGCAUCCUCCCGUCAGGUCUUCUGGUCCAGCCCCACCCGCGCCUCCUGCUUCCUACAAACCUCCAUCUCUCCCACAAAACGCCCCCCUCCCUCCAGCUCCCGGGCCCUCCUUGCCAACCCCCACCCCACUCCCAGGAUGGAGCGGAUCGAGCCAGCCCGGAGUCCCCCGCGGCCGGGGUGACGGCCCCCGCCCCUCUCGCGCCCGGCCCCCGCCCGGAGCACCAUGGGCCCGAGGGUUUCCUUAGGUGCCGGACGCUGAAGAUGACUGAUGCUGGAGCUCUCUGGAGUCAUGGCUUCUUCAAAGCUCCGAGAACCUGCUGAUGAGGUUUUUGACCUGGACUUGGCCGUGCCAGAGACUGUCAGACUGGACAGCAGUUUACACAAAGCCCGGGCCCAGCUGCUGGCCAAGGGCCGCAGACAUCGGCCUUCCCGCUCCAGGCUCCGGGACAGCGCCAGCUCUGCGGAGGAUGGCGAAGGCUCCGACGGGCCUGGAGGCAAGGUGACCGACGGCUGCGGGAGCCCCCUGCACCGGCUGCGCUCGCCUUUGCACUCGAGUCCGGGGUCUCCGGCUGUGGGCUCGUUCUGCCUGGAUCCUCCGGGGCUGCGGCGCAGCCUAGACGAAGACGAGCCACCACCCUCGCCGCUCACCCGCUACCGGCCCCUGCACAACGCCGCUUCGCACGAGGGCCUGGCCGCCGCCUCCAGCUCUCCGCCUCGCUCCGCGCCCUCCUCUGACAGCUCGCCCAGCUUUGUGCGCCGCCACCUGCGUGCAGAGCCGCACAGCGAAGAUGACAGCCGAGACGCCAGCCCACCUGAGCCUGCUAGCCCCACCAUUGGCCUGGAUAAGAAGACUCGCCGGAAGUUCCUGGACCUGGGGGUCACCUUACGCCGAGCAUCCACUAGCAAGAGCCGGAAGGAGAAGGGCAGCAACCGCCUGUCCAUGGGCAGCAGGGAGUCGGUGGAGGGGUCCGGCAGGUCAGGGGGCUCCCCGUUCCUGCCCUUUUCCUGGUUCACGGACAGCGGCAAGGGCUCGGCGUCCUCUGGCAGCACCACCUCCCCUGCCUGCUCGCCUAAACACGAGAGCUUCAGCCCUAAGAAGUCAGCUUCUCAGGCUCAGCUCCUGGCUCAUGCACAGGGUGCACUGCACAACUCCUGGUGCCUAAUCCAGGACCUCAUCUCCAUCCAUCUAGGUGAGGAAUCCACCCUGAGCGACGACUCCACGCCCCCCAGCAGCAGCCCCAAGAUCCCGAGCGGCCCCCGGCAGGAGGCCAAGUGCUCCUACCCCUACCACACGCUGUCCCAGUCUUCGGACGAGUUCCUGGAUGAGCCUCUCCCCACGAUCCACCACUGGACCAGUCAGCAGGUGGGCCAGUGGCUGCACAGCCUCAACCUGGAGCAGUACGCCACUGAGUUUGCCGCGCGGCAGGUGGACGGGCCGCAGCUGCUGCAGCUGGAUGGAAGCAAACUGAAGAGCCUGGGGCUCAGCAGCUCGCAUGACCGGGCGCUGGUGAAGCGGAAGGUGAAGGAACUGGCAGCGGCUGCUGAGAAGGAGCGCAAGGCCCAGGAGAAGGCUGCACGGCAGCGCGAGAAGCUCCGGCGCAGGGAGCAGGAGGCCAAGAAGAGCUAGAGGAGCGUGAGGCGGGCAUGGCGCCCAGGCACGGGCAGCGGCCGGCUCGGUGGGCACAGGCCUCCCCAGGGAAGCAGGGCCCGGGCACCCAGCUUGGGCUGGCCUGGCCCCAUGCUCUCAGGGGUACUUGGCCUAUCUCACCUCGUCACCCUGGACCAAGAUCCCCCAGGAAGGGAGACCCCAGGGAGAGGGCCCAGUAAUAAAUCAAUUUCGAGGACUUCCGGCACGGAGUUCCUGGGGGAGGUAGCGGAUUAUGGGAAGAGGGCAGAGAGGCGAGGGCUGAAGCCAGCCCGGGAGCCCAGAGGCCCCUGGGUUGGUCUGACGCUCUGUCCUGGGGUCACAGUGGUGCGGGGGCGGGCAGUGAGCUGGGACGCCUGCCUGUCUGCCCUCCAGAGGCCCUGCCAUGGGGCCAGGGACACAGGGCUCAGAGAGGGGGCUGAGCGUCUCGGCAGGAGUAGGCGGAUGGAGACGUUCCUCUCCAGCUCUCCCAGGUGGCUGUGUGUGCGGAGAGCUCCGCUCUGUUCCCAGGGAGGCUGGUGGGCUUGGCAGCACGCUGCACUCAGAGUAGACUCCCGGUCUGCCUCCUCAACGGGAGAGCAGAGGAAGCAGCACGAUCAUCCCACGCGGUCUUUGUAGGACUUCAGGAGAAGGGAGGGUGAAGCCCUCCUUCUUUUCCCUUCCCUGUCCUGUGGUCCCAAUGGCGAGACGACAUCCCUACGGGCCUGCCCCUCCUGGGGCCCCGUCAGGCCCACUAAGGCAGGCCCACCUCUCCUCCUGCCCUCAGAAGGUACCUGAGCCCUCCCCCAUGGGCACAGAACAAACUUAGGAGCUGGCAGAGAUGAAAGCACCCCCUACCAAUGCACCGACGCCUGUGUGGGCCUGAACUAGGGAAUCCUCACCGCAGCCAGGCAGAGGCAAAUCCAGGAAGGGUUUGCCAGCCCUCCCCCACCGGCCCUGGCCCCAGCGAGGUCUCAGUGAGCUCCGGAACUGGAAGUUGCAAGCUCUGACUACAAGGAGGGGUGGGGCCAGGCCAACCCCUGUGGGCAUGGAGCGAGUCCCAGCAGCCUGUGGGUGGCAUUCGUCCUUGCAGGGAAGGCGAAUCAGGUGUUGUGCUGGCCAGCAGCUAGCCCUGCUUCUGGAGCGCUGGCCAGUUACCAAUGGGGCCUCCGAUUAGAAGUCCCCCUCCACGUCCUCCCAUCGGCCCGGAGGGGUAGACAGGACCCAGUGCAUGCUGACUCCCCUCGUUCCUGCCCAGGGCCUGUGGCUUGAGGGCCACCCCUGUCCCUGAGACCCAGCCCUUUCCUCUUCUUUGCCCUCUGGGCUGGGAGAGGGGCUUUCGAGGGGAACUGAGAUAGAGGGAAACCGAGAUAUGGGGGCACCGGCAUGACCCGGGCCCGGCGGAGGGGCUGGAGGGAAGGUUGGAGGGCACCUGGGUCCUUGAAACUACCAGGAGCUGGUGGGUGCCCACGUGCAUGUGAAGGGGGGAGGCAGUACUGAGUUUCUUUCAAUAAACACUUACGACGUGCCAGUGA